AUCUCAACACCGCGUCGCUCCGGUAUCAUCAUCAAGAAAGCCAUGUCCAACAUUCCCACCUCUGUCUCCGAAUCCUCCCUCGCCGCCUUCCGCCUCGCCAUGUCGGUCGCCGACCCCUGGCCCUUCUCUCCGCCGCAACGCAUCGUCUCCUCCGCUUGCUGAAAUCUCUCGUGCGCUCAGCCUUCCGCUUUCUUUCGUGUUCGUCCAGUCAAAUUUCGUUUCCUUAGUAGUCAUGAUCAUGGGGGAUAACAAGACGAGAGGCCUCAGCCUCAAGAAGCGCCUCUUCCGGGUCUCCAAGUGCAUCACCGGCCGGACCCGAGGUUACUCCCGCCUCAGCGCAUCCCCGCCAGGGCCAUGCGCGAUCAAUCCCAUGUCGAAGCUCCUCUCCUGGUGCCGCUGCCUGACAAGCAAGAGGACCAAGUCUUUAUGCUCUAGCAAACCCUGGUCGGGCGACGCGGUCGUUGGUCAAGACCCGGUCGGGGAAAGACCCACGGGGACAAUGAAGGUGCCUAAGGGCCACUUGGCUGUGUACGUGGGUCAAAGAAGCGGCGAGCUUCGCCGAGUUCUAGUGCCGGCGGUUUACUUCAAUCACCCGCUGUUCGGGGACUUGUUGAGAGAAGCCGAGGAGGAGUUCGGGUUUAGCCACCGAGGAGGAGGGAUCACUAUCCCUUGCGAGGUUUCGGAGUUCGAGAGGGUGAAGAGCCGCGUCGCCACCGCCACCGGUUACUGUGGCCGGAGGAGGAGCACUUGGAAGAAGCACCUAUUGAGGAAGAUUUAGGAGCCUUCGAGCAUGAACUAUAGAUGAGGAUGAUGA